CUUGUCUGUACGUUUGUCAGAUCGUAGUUUAUUAUAAUAAUAAAUUUAUAUAUGAUAUUUUUAAUAAUAUUCUAAAUAUAAUUUCAUUUCAUAUAUCAUUUAUUGCAUAAGCUUAAGUAGGAAGUUAAGAAAUUUUGGAUACAAUCCAAUGUUAACGUCUCUUAAAACCGGAAGAGAUGAGUUUGAUGUAUUUUCUAAUAUAUUCUAGGGAUUAUAUAUUUGUGUGUGUAUCCUAUUAUGGCUCCUAAUGCUCAGUCGACUGUGACAGAGACUGUUACACCUCCAAAGCGUGCAACUCCUAAACAAGAACUAAAUAUUGUCUGGAGAAACGUCAUACUAUUUGCUUUUCUACACAUCGGAGCUCUUUAUGGAUUCACUUUAAUUUUUACAAGCGCAAAAUGGCAGACUAUAUUGUUCGUGAUUAUAUUUGGAUACGCGAGCGUUUUAGGAGUAACUGGAGGAGCUCACAGACUAUGGUCACAUCGCAGUUAUAAAGCAAAAUGGCCGGUUAGAGCCUUACUUAUGAUUUUACAAACAAUGGCCAUUCAGAAUCAUAUUUACGAAUGGUGCCGUGAUCAUAGAUUGCAUCAUAAAUAUUCCGAAACGGAUGCGGAUCCUCACAAUGCUACUAGAGGAUUCUUCUUUUCUCAUAUGGGAUGGUUGAUGGUUAAGAAACAUCCUGAAGUUAAACAAAAAGGAAAAGCUAUAGAUCUUAGCGAUCUUCUUAAAGAUCCUCUUGUUGUCUUUCAGAGAAAGCAUUAUUUUCCAUUGGUAAUCUUAGUGUCCAUAGUAAUACCAACGAUGAUUCCCGUCCUCCUGUGGGGUGAAAAUUAUUGGAAUUCAUUAUUUACAGUGUUUUUUACACGAUAUGUUUUAUCUUUACACGGAACUUGGUUAGUUAAUAGCGCUGCUCAUAUGUGGGGUAAUAGGCCAUACGACGUAACCAUAAAUCCGAGAGAAAGCCCCAUUGUUAUCUUCACUGGAAGUGGAGAAGGUUUUCAUAAUUUUCAUCAUGUUUUUCCUUGGGAUUAUUGCACGGGUGAAUUUGGAUGGAAAUUUAAUAUGACUGCAGCAUUUAUAGAUUGCAUGGCGUGGUUAGGAUUAGUAUACGACAGGAAAAAAGUCAGUCCAGAAAUGCUCAAACAGAGAAUAGAAAGAACAGGAGAGAAAUUAUCAUAA